AUGGAGAGAAAGUGGACGGAAAUGGAGCUUGAAAAAUGCUACGCUACAAUUAGAGAGAGCCAACUUAACCAGCGGGAAAACUACGUCAAAUUCUUACAGGAUGCAGGAAAGGACCAAAUAGCAAAAUGGCAGCAACUGGCUAGCGAGAUCGGCAUCGGGCUGGACGUCCAGUCUGGCAGAAUUCGAUAUAAAGACACAUUCGAGCCGCUUGAUCUGCACAUGGAGGUUUGUUACAUCAGACACGGGAAAACAGAGGGAAAUACCGAGCCUAGGGUUUACCAGGGGCAGGUAGAUUACCAGAACAAUCAGUUGAACAAUAUAGGCUUGGAGCAGGCAGCUACUGCGGCAGAGCGAUUGGAAAAGUUUGUGCAUGAUGGGGAGUGGUCCCUACCCGAUUUGGUUGUUUCCUCCCCGUUGCAACGAGCGCAGAAAACAGCCUUACCCUUUCUGGAAAAGCACAAAGAUAUUGAGUACAAGGUCCUGCCAGAGGUAGCGGAAAUGAAGUUUGGGGCGUGGGACAACCUCAAGGUUGCGGAGCUUCCAGCAACAGACAUCGGACAUUUGUUUUACCUGGAGCAAAACGCGUUGGUCAAAUCAAAAGAACCCCACCGCGUCAAUUUAUCGCUCUGGACACACCCCGAGUGGCUGAACGGCCAGAAAGAAAUUGAGGGGGAAAAUUUCCUGGAGUGUAUGCAGAGGCAGCGCGAGGCGCUGCGCAAAGUUGAGAAAAUCGCUAACGAAGUUUUGAAACAGAAGUGCCACAAUGAACUGCGCAAACCCAGAGUGGUAUUAUACGGACACAGCAUGGCGGGUGCUGCAGUAUCCAUUCUAUUGGGGUUUGGGAAAGCAGACGCCUCGGGCUGGCUGGGUUUUGAUGGCAAUUACAUUAUGCCAAACGCAACCCCUACUCUUCUUAUUCCUGGUCGUACACAGCACAAACAGGCAUAA